CAGUCUCUUACAUAGCAUACCUCUUAUUUGACCUCCCUAAAUUCCUCCAUCAUGGAUGACGCUGCCGGUCUAGCCAUUGCCUUCGAGGAGGCUAAGAAAUCAUAUGAACAAGGAGGAAUUCCUAUCGGAGCAGCACUCAUCUCCAGCACCGGCACCGUUCUCGGCCGCGGCCAUAACCAGCGCGUCCAGCUUGAUUCACCUAUUCAUCAUGGCGAAACCGCAACCCUUUUGAACGCUGGCCGCCUCCCCGCUUCCACCUACGCAAACUCAACAAUGUACACCACCCUUUCCCCCUGCGACAUGUGUACAGGGGCAAUUCUGCUUUACAAGAUCCCGAGGGUAGUGAUAGGGGAGAAUAGCACGUUCAAGGCAGCAGGGGAAGACUAUCUGCGCCAGAGAGGGGUCGAGGUGGUGGUUAUGGAUGAUCAAGAGUGUAGGACAUUGAUGGAACGGUUCGUGAGGGAGAGUCCGGGGGUUUGGUGGGAGGAUAUUGGUGUUGUGGGGGAGGAGAAGAGGGAGCAGGGAGAUGACCAUGUUUUGUGAAUGAAUGAUUCUGGUGCUGAGUGUAAGAGAAAGAAGGGGAGGGGCUCUGUUACGGAGCGUCUGAACAGAUAGAAGGGGUGCUGAGAUAUGAUUGAGAAGGCUGAUCAACUGCACUGCAUCUGUUCCUUCUAACUCUACUGUAGCUGCUUAAUUAAACAUCCUCAGCU